UACGUUUGGAGAGUCUAAUAGUUAUAGAAAAUACUAGCAAUACCUAGAUUAUUAUUGAAUACUAUUGACAGUUACUAUGUUCUGAACUGCGGGGGUUUCAUUUUCAACUGGUGAUCAACACUAUGAUUCGUUAUUGAGACUGUGACGUGUAUAGAAUCAUAUUUCUUUAGUGCCUGAAAAUAUAUAAAACUCCGUCACUUUAUGGACUAUCGCAUUGAUAAUUAUCGACGGCAGUAAACACUUUUCAAAUAUUUUUUCUGGAUUUUUUAUAUAUUCGUAAAACUUUUGAAAGAAGACUUUGGACAUUGUUCGGAAUAAUUUUCCAAUAUAAAUAUUUUAUUUUUGUAUUUUAGUGUAGUGAAUAUUAUAUCAAAAUGCAGUCAACAACGUUAGCUUUCGUCGCUAUUUCAGUAUGUGUAUAUAUAUCCUGCACAUUCACAACAGUUUACGGUAAAUGCUCAGGAAAGUGGGCCAUACACGCUUGCUAUGGAGGAAAUGGAAAAAGAUCGGGGCCGCCGGAUACAGACACAGAUUCAAAGCUAAAAGAGAGACAGUACAUAUUACGUCAGUUAUUAUUGUCUGAGAAAUUACCACAAAAUAUACCGACCGAUUCUCUUUUUGAUACUGCUCCUGUAUUAGAAGACGUAGAAAGUUUAUAUCCUGAUGUUGCCCCGUCUUACAAUAGAGAACAAGAUAUUGAAAAAGUUAAAACAUUGCUUGGUGAAUUGUUACUGAGGAAACGAUUUAGAGACUCAAUGGCUGAAGAAUACGAAUACCGACGUUAGUGGUAUGCACGUAAAUUUCGUGCAAGCUUUAUUUGCAACACUAUAUAAUGCAGUGCAUUGAAAAAGGAACUAUUUUCGUGGAAAAGAUAUUUCUAUUUUCCUAUAUAUUUCAUUUCAAUAAGGAAAACAGUGUGCAGAAACUUACAGCAGACACUUUUUUCAUUGGAGGGUUUAGAUUCGGAUUAAGUUCUGGAUUAAGAUUGGUAAUUUGUAUAAUAAUUUGCCGAAAAUGAAAAGAAAUCAACAUACUUCAUGUUUCAAAAAAGAUAUAAAGUAUUUAAUAUAUAGAUAUUGUUAAGCUACAGAACAAGUUAUAUAUAUGUAUUGUUUUAAAGUUUUAAUUUAAAUACAUAUACCGAAUUUAAAAUAUAUUAAAACUCCAUCCUUAUUGUAAAUGUCGCUUUAAGAUUAAAAAUAUGAAAAGGAAAGGAAAAUGAUUCUAUCAGGCACAUUUAAUCUAUAGUUGAAUAAAAAUGUUGAAAUCAAUGUGACAUAAACGCCUUGAUCUUGUCGGGAAUGUCAAAUAAAAUAAUGACAAAAACUGGUUUUAAACUCUUCUUUUUCAUUUUUUUUUAAAUUCAUUUUUAACCCCAUUACGAAAUUAUAUAUUUAAUAAAACAAUUUAUAUAAGUUUUAAUAAGAGGUACCGUUUUACUAUUUAUUCACUAUUUUGUGAUAUCCUAAUUUCCUUUAUGAAUAUCACAAAUUCAUUUAUGAAUAUCCUUAAUUCAUUCAUAUGAAUAUCAAAACUUUUUAUGAUAUCAAUAGUUAUCUUUGGAUUUUAUCAAAUGCAUUUAUAGAUAUCACAAAACGGUUUAUGGAUAUCUAUAAUUCGAUUACUGGACAUAUAUAAAUGAAUAAAAAAUAUUAGAGAUUUUAAAAUCAGUUUAUCUUAUGUUAACCUUGAUUCAAUUUGAUGAUAUCUCUAAUUCUUUUGAAUUUUGGAUACAUCACAAAAUGAAUUCAUUAAAUUGGAUUAAGGAUAUCAUAAAAUACAUCGAUUUUGUGAUUUCAUUGAAUUGAUUUAAGAAUUUCACUAAUUAGUAGUGUUGGGCAAAUCGGUUAGUUUUGCCAACCGAUUAAUCGGUAUAAUCGGACAAGCCAACCGAUUCGAUUAAUCGGAUAUAAUCGGAUAAUCGGUUAUUCUAGUUGCAUAUCUAUAAGAUCACCUCACAAUGAAUGUUGUAUGUCAUUACUUAAGAAAUGAAGCAUAAAAGUAAAGUAUUUGUGAAGAUAGUAACAUUCAAAUCAGGUACUGUCUUAAUUUCACCAGGGACUUAUCCAGUGAUAUUAUGCUACUAAAUUAAAAUUAUUUGGAGAAAAAAAGUAUUAACGAUUUAUUAAUUCUUAGUUAACGACUGGAAUGAUUUCAAUCCUACAAAAUCAAAAAUUGAAGAUACUUUUGCUAAUAUGCUUGCCUAAGUCUUACGUUAUGCUAUGCACACUGCCAUACUAAUGUCAAGAGUUUAGGCUGAUGGUUUUCCCGGCUUUAUUUUGUAAAAGCCAUAUAUCUUCCAAAAUCUGGGUGAUCACAGAUGACAUCAAUUUAUUUUGACACUUUGGAGGAAGCCAGUUUUACGUAGAGUAGUUUCCCUUGGCGUAAUUGCCCCCAAAGAACCGUAAAUACCAGAAAGAAAAAGAUCAGAAACAACUAAAUUAUCCGUUAGGGUGACAAGUAAUUAAUCGGUCAGGGAAAAGUGAAGCCGGCGAUCGCGCUCAUGAAUGCAACGCCGACGAUUAUUCGAUUGUCGCCGAUUGUCGGCCCAUCACUACUAAUUAAUCAUGCAUAUCUUAAAUUGGAAUGUAAUUAAAAUAGAAUUUCAGAUGUCGAUUUAUACUAAUUAUAGUAUCCAAACUGAGAAUUGCUAAAGAUAUCUUUAAAGGCAUUUUAGAAGUGUGUUUAUAUUAGAUUGGACAAGAUAAGUACUUUGUUUGACAUUUUGUUUUCACUUCGUUUUCAUAUUCUGAUUACCAAAAACAUGGAAUUAUAAAUAAAAUAAAUUAAAGAUACUGAAAAU